GGGUGAGGAAAGCACCGAGCGUGUAAGACUCAACAUUGCGGCGCCGAAUCCAGAUCAUGAUAACGUUAGCACCCUUGCCUUCGUUUUGGGCGAAACGACCAUGCAGCAAGCGCAUAUAUUUCAGGAGCCACAGCGCCCUAAUUUUACGGACGAAGAGGCAGAGCCGGAGGACAACACAUGUCUCUCUUUCGAGGCCUUCACCAUCAGACCGCAAUUCGAAUACUAGUCGCUCGAGGAGUACUGUGCAGCCGACUACGCUAGGGAAGUUGCUCGUUGGCUUAUGAUAGCCGCGCUGGCGAUAUACGUAGAAUCAACAAUACAUGCGCCUCAACCAGGAUUUUUGAAUGGUAUGGCAAAACGUGCAGUCGAGAGCGAUCUAGAUGUUCUUCAUGGAACGUCGUUGCAGAGCUCGGAACAACAUUUUGCCAUGGCGUCAAAUGCGUCCCGCCGUUUCCAGAAACGAACGGAUGAAACCCGCCGACGCGGCGCAUUGUUUGUUGCUCUCUUGGCAGGGGGAGAUACUAGUGUCUCCACAUGGAUAUUGACAGACGACAGGCACGCGGGUCGAUUGGAAUCAGGCAUCGCUCUUCGCUUGGGAGUCGUCUGUGGAUGCCUCCCGACCACUUGGCAGCGACUCAACAACCACGCUGGCACCCUCGUGUCGUGUCCAUGUUGUGCGACAUCGAAUCCAAAGGUGAUGCGACAUCAAAGCAGUGGUCUUGCACUGCAUGGCAUCUGCUGUGCUCCCUUUGCUGGCGCAUGACGUCUGCCUCGGCAGUGACAUUAACCUUGGAAAGACACCCAUUAGGACACAGGCGACCUUUACUUGAAGUA